AUGGUGAAGGUGGCUUCUUCUUUAGGGGAUUUCAAAGGCUUUAGUGUAGAUGAUCAUAAUCAUUUUGAGAUCCUUCAAUUUGCCGAUGAUACUAUUUUGAUUGGGGAGGACUCGUGGAACAAUCUAUGGACUUUUAAGGCCAUCCUUAGAGGUUUUGAACUUGUAUCCGAUUUUCCUGUUAACUUGAACAAAAGUCGAAUUUUUGGUGUGAAUCUUGAUUCGGAUUUUAUUCAACUCGGGUCUACUUUUCUUAAUUGUGAGAUUGGCUCGUCGUCUUUUGUCUUUCUUGGGAUUCGGUUGGUAUCAAUCCUAGAAGGUGUGCGGUUUGGAGACCGACGUCAAUGUGAAGACCUUCCUAUAUUUGAAUUCAAAAACAUUUUAAUCGCGACAAAUAACUUUGAUUUAGCUAACAAGAUUGGUCAAGGUGGUUUUGGUUCAGUGUAUAAGGGGGAAUUGCCCGAUGGAUUAGAAAUAGCAGUGAAAAGGCUAUCGAAAACUUCAGGACAAGGGUUAGAAGAAUUUAUGAAUGAAGUGAUUGUAAUUUCAAAGCUUCAACAUCGAAAUCUUGUAAGACUUUUAGGUUGUUGCGUCGAAGGGGAAGAAAAGAUGUUGGUCUACGAGUACAUGUCUAAUAAUAGUUUAGACUUUUAUCUUUUCGAUCCAAUACAAAAACAGGUUUUAGAUUGGCAAAAACGAUCAUACAUAAUUGAAGGAAUCUCCCGAGGAUUGCUUUAUCUUCACCGAGAUUCAAGAUUAAGAAUAAUACACCGAGAUUUGAAGCUAAGUAAUAUUUUGUUGGAUGGGGAUUUGAAUCCAAAAAUAUCAGACUUUGGCAUGGCUAAAAUCUUUGGAGGAACCGAAAAUGAGGGAAAUACAAGAAGAAUCAUGGGAACAUAUGGAUAUAUGUCUCCUGAAUAUGCAAUGGGAGGAUUAUUUUCAGAAAAAUCAGAUGUAUUUAGCUUUGGAGUUAUGCUCCUCGAAAUAAUAAGUGGUAAAAAAAAUACAAGUUUCUAUAAUCACGAAGAAGCAAUCAGCCUUUUAGGAUACGUAUGGAAACUAUGGAAGGAAGGGGAGACAGUAUCUUUGAUAGAUUCAGAAAUAUAUAAUCCAAAUAAUGUGGAUCACGUUUUAAGAUGCAUUCAUAUUGGACUUCUUUGUGUGCAAGAAACUGCAAAGGAGAGACCUACCAUGACAAAAGUUGUUUCAAUGCUUAAUAAUGAUAUUGAUAAAUUUCCUUGUCCAUGUCAACCUGCAUUCGUUGAAAGACAAAUUGAGGAUAGAGGAGAAUCAUCUCAACAAAUUCGUGUCUUGAGUUCGUUGAAUGAUGUCACUGUCACAAGCUUGCAUGGCAGGUAAUUAGAGGACACAUACGAUGCCAUGGUUGAAAUAACUACAUUUUCUUAGCGAUGACAAUAUUGGUUCCUUAAGAAUUUAAACUAAUAUAGAUUUUUAUGGUAAAUAUCUCUUAAAUCUAUCUGCCUAAGCAACAAGACAUGUACGCUUGGCUGUAGUGUAGAAUGAUUAUUGUUGAAAAUAUGAGUGUGACAAUGAAUGG